CUCAAUGAGACCUCCUCCUCCGGGAAAGGGGGGCUGCUUUUCCACGGUGCUGGCGGACUCGAGGUCUCCUCCAGAAGGGCCAUGUCCUCACACAGGGAGGUUCCUCCUGUGAGUGAAAAGCCUUCCAGCGGCGACCCGGCCUCGGGGAGCGACUAUGACUACGCAGAAGAGUAUGACAGCGAGCCACAGAUAUCCGGCUAUAUCGUGGAUGACUCAGUGCGAGUUGAACAGGUCGUUAAACCCAAGAGAAACAAGACAGAGAGUGAAAAGACUUCAGAUAAACCCAAAAGAAAGAAAAAAGGAGGCAAAAAUGGAAAAAACAGAAGAAACAAAAAGAAGAAAAAUCCAUGUGACGCAGAAUUUAAAAAUUUCUGCAUUCAUGGUGAAUGCAAAUACAUAGAGAACCUGAACGCAGUAACAUGCAAGUGCCAUCAUGAUUACUUUGGCGAGCGGUGUGGCGAGAAGUCCAUGAAGACUCAGAGUAUCGUUGACGAUGAUUUGUCGAAAAUCGCCCUGGCCGCCGUAGCCGCCUUCCUCUCUGCCGUGAGCUUUACCGCCAUUGCUGUUGUAGUUACAGUCCAGCUUCGGAAACGAUACGCCAGGGAAUAUGAAGGGGAAGCAGAAGAACGGAAGAAACUUCGACAGGAAAAUGGAAAUUCACAAGCACUAGCAUGAAUGACGGCUAUCCAGACGGAGUCAGGUCUACGCCGCCACCACCAAAGAGCCGUCCAUCAGUGCGUUCAAGAAAAGCGCCUUCUCACGUCCUCACGGUGUCAAACUUCGAUUGUCACUUUUAUGCUGAGUCGUAUUUGUGUACAUAAAGAGACACGUGGAAAUGGAAAGUAUUUUUUCAAUUUGUAAAUAAUUUAUUUAAUAUUUAAUGGAAGUGUUAUUUAUUUUAUAGCUCAUUAAACUUUUUUUAA